GAAGAAAAAAAUUCCCUCGUGUAAUGAAGAACUCUGCUAGAGAACUGCAACACUUAGACUCUGGGCUGGAUUUUAUUACCGUGAUGAAAUUACACAAGCAUUGCCUCUCUCUCCCUGUCCGCUGUGCAGCUCCUCGCUCUCUCCGCUGCCUCCUCUCGCUCCGCAGCCGGGCUGGGGAGCGCAGGGAAGCAGGUGGGACGCGCUGGGCUCCCUCCCUCCCAUCGCUGGGGCUCCUGGGCUGGCAUCCCCGCGGCUGCAUCAUUGGCAUGCGGCGCUCGGCAGGACUGCAUCAGUGCUAGAGGAGAUGCGAGCGCAGAGCCGCGCACCGCCCGCACCGCCCGCAGCGCCCCGGGGCCGCGCCAGGUAAGGGACAGGGGCUCCUCUGGCCCCCGGAACGCAGGGACAGCCGCGGCAGGGAAAAGGAACUCAAACAAAAGGACAUGACCUUCAGCACCACAAUGAAUCAGGAAAAACCUGUCAAGUCCUCCUAGCUCCCCGGCUGUGCAAUUUGCUCUUCCCUCGCUGUUCCCCAGACAGCAGCUUUUCUCACCCAAGGCACAGGAGCCAGCGAGUCACAAAUGACAGCUGAAAAGUGAAGCAUUACCAAAAGCUGUGUGUGGCUCUGUCAAAGAGAACCUUUAUAUAUAAUUCUCCUUCCUUCCAAGCUUGGGAAGCUGUGUAUCCCAUCAGUUCCAAAGAGCAGAGAGAGGAUAUGUUCAAGUAACCGACACCAGGAAUUGCACAAACCCACACCCAUUUCAGAAUAUCUCCACAGUGACCUGCAGCAUUUAGAACUCUCUGUUCAGAAUGGAUGAUGGAUAUAGAAAUACAAACCAGGUCUCAGAUGACUACAGGUACCAGGAUGGCAGCUAUGACACACCCAACGAUGGCUACUACCGGGGCGGGGAUGAGCCCGCGCAGGACGAGGAUGCCCAGAGUGAUGUCACAGAAGGCCACGACGAGGAUGAUGAGGUCUAUGAGGGGGAGUACCAAGGGAUCCCACACCCAGAUGACAUCAAAGAGAAGCAGAAGAAGCGAGCCCCUGCCGUGGAUGAUGAGUACAGAGACCGUGCUGACCUCAUGGCCGAGAGGAUGGAGGACGAGGAGCAGCUCGCCCACCAGUACGAGAACAUCAUUGAGGAGUGUGGUCACGGACGCUUCCAGUGGACUCUCUUCUUUGUUUUAGGAUUGGCACUGAUGGCAGAUGGGGUGGAGGUGUUUGUGGUUGGAUUUGUUCUUCCCAGUGCUGAGAAGGAUAUGUGCUUGUCCAGUUCCAACAAAGGGAUGCUGGGCUUGAUAGUCUACUUAGGAAUGAUGGUGGGGGCUGUCUUGCUGGGUGGCCUUGCUGACAAACUGGGAAGGAAGCAAUGCCUCAUCAUAUCACUUGCAAUCAAUGCUGCCUUUGCGUUCCUCUCCUCCUUCGUCCAGGGAUACGGAUUCUUCCUCUUCUGCCGCCUUAUCUCAGGCCUCGGUAUUGGGGGCACCCUCCCCAUCGUGUUUGCCUAUUUCUCUGAAUUCCUGUCUCGUGAGAAGAGGGGGGAACACCUGAGCUGGCUUUGCAUGUUCUGGAUGAUUGGUGGCAUUUAUGCUUCAGCAAUGGCUUGGAGCAUCAUCCCACAUUACGGCUGGGGGUUCAGUAUGGGAACCAAGUACCACUUCCACAGCUGGAGAGUCUUUGUGCUGGUGUGUGCCCUGCCCUGCAUCGCCUCCCUGGUGGCGCUGAAAUUCAUGCCUGAAAGCCCACGGUUUUUGCUGGAGAUUGGUAAACAUGAUGAAGCUUGGAUGAUUCUCAAGCAAGUCCAUGACACCAACAUGCGUGCCAAGGGCGAGCCAGAGAGGGUGUUUACGGUUUCCUAUAUCAAAACCCCAAAGCAAGUAGAUGAAUUUAUUGAAAUCCAGAGCUCAACAGGGACCUGGUACCAGCGGUGGCUGGUCAGAAUCACGACUACUUUAAAACAGGUCUGGGACAACGUGCUAUACUGUUUAACAGCCCAGUACAGGAUGAACACACUGAUGCUGGCUGUGGUUUGGUUUACAAUGGCCUUAAGUUACUAUGGCCUUAUUGUCUGGUUCCCUGACAUGAUCCGCUAUUUCCAAGACGAGGCGUAUGAUUCCCGGGUGAAGAUCUUUGAUGAGGAAGAAGUGUCCCAUUUCACCUUCAAUUUCACCCUGGAAAACCAGAUCCAUAGAAAUGGGGAAUACAGGAACGACAAAUUUAUUGGCAUGAAAUUCAAGGAGGUGAGAUUUGAGGAUUCAUUAUUUGAGGAUUGCUACUUUGAAGAUGUGAGAUCCACUGAGACCUUCUUUGAAAACUGCACCAUCAUCUCUACUGUCUUUUAUAACACCGAUCUCUACGAACACAAAUUCAUCAACUGCAGGCUCAUCAACAGCACCUUCAUGAAGGAGAAGGAAGGCUGCCACAUCGACUUUGAGGAGGACAAUGAUUUCCUCAUCUACCUGGUCAGCUUCCUGGGCAGCCUGUCCGUGCUGCCAGGCAACAUCAUCUCUGCUCUGCUCAUGGACAAAAUCGGGAGGAUAAAGAUGAUUGGCGGCUCGAUGCUGAUCUCUGCCGUGUGCUGCUUCUUCCUGUUCUUCGGGAACAGCGAGUCGGCGAUGAUCGGCUGGCAGUGCCUCUUCUGCGGGGCCAGCAUCGCCGCCUGGAACGCCCUGGAUGUCAUCACCGUGGAGCUCUACCCCACCGACAAAAGGGCAACAGCCUUUGGCAUCCUCAACGGGCUUUGCAAGUUUGGUGCCAUCCUGGGGAACUCCAUCUUCUCCUCCUUCGUAGGGAUAACCAAGGUGGUUCCCAUCCUCCUGGCCUCCUCCGCCCUGGUUGGGGGUGGCCUGCUGGCUCUGCGCCUGCCAGAGACUCGAGAGCAGGUCCUGAUGUGAGCAGCAGAGGCCGUGGGGGCUUGCGGGGGGUGGGGGCAGAUGUAGGAGAAGAACAAAAAAGAGCCAUGUCUGGAAAACCCAAAACGUUCAUUCUGUGCUGUUCCGUCGGCACCUCAAAGCAAGGGGAAGAAGAACAAAGAACAACCCGCAGGGAUUUAAACAAAACCAUCGUUCCUGACCUUAUUACAGCCACGACUGGUGCAUGCAGCCCCCACACGCCCCUUGCAGAGCUUGGGAGCCCCCCCUGUCCCUGUCCAUCCCCCUGCAAGGACACCAGAGGCAGACAGCAGCUCCGUGCCCGCGUGGAGGACAGGCAGGAGGACAGACCCGACCCUCCUGCCCUGCCCAGCUGGAACCCCGGCCCUGCCCAGCCAUCUAGCUGUGCUCAGGCACACAGAGCAUCCAGGGAGGGCAGGUAACACACCUGCUCCAGGUGAGCUCCAGCCAUAGGGCUAACAGUGGCAGAUGUGGCCACUGGCCCCAGCUGUUUUGAUUUUGGGAUUACCACUCCACCCUGGAAGAGUGAGAGUCCUGAUUCAUCGAGGAUGUGAGGGUGGGUGCUCAGCUGUCUCAGAAGACUCAGAGCUUCAAAGCUCUUUACUGUCUCCACUUGGGCACAGGGAAUUACUAGACACUUUCUUGCUGUGGAAGAGAAAUAUAUAAACAAUUAUAUAUAUAUACAUAUAUUUGUGUAUUUACACCUACUUGCAAACUUACAUACACCCAUUGAAGUGAUCAGCUAUUAAAAUUUAGGAUUUCUAAUUUCUGCACCCUUUAGAGGAUUUUAAGAGUGGCACCAAAACCAAAUCCCAGUAAUUCAAGUUUAUCAGGAGUCAUGACCAACUCAGUGACACUUUGCUCUUUACAUCAAGAUACCAAAUAUUUAAAUGUCUUAGUGGCUGGGAAUAUAUAUUUCUAUAAUGAUUAAGAGGGUUUUUUCCUUACAGCUUUCACAGAGGAGAAAUUGAUAUGAUAUUGGAGCAUUCCACAAACCAAAUGUGUACAUAUUAUCCAGUGUAAAUAGGGGAUUUUUGCCUAAUACCUAGAGAAUGGUAACUGUGAAUUUACCAGCAUUUUAGCCAUAUUAUUUGAAGAAUAUGAUGCUUGAUUUUCUAAUAUACUUGGGUCUCAUUGAAACACUGUAAGCACAGUUACUUAAAGCCAUUUAACUUGUUACACAGGGAAUGCACACAGCAAGCUUUCACUGUACAGAACAUUAAAUUCCCCAUUAAGUGGCACAGUUUAGCUUGAUAUCCUGUGGAGAACAUUUCUGAAAUUUGUGUGCCCUUUUUAUCAUACCACUUAAGUCCUGUUGCACCUAGAGGCAAAGUGAGUUGUGUAUUUUGGGGUGUGUUUUCCUGGGAAACCAGAAGGAAAAGCACCCUGCUCAAUAACUCACCAGUGCUCACAAUGGAUGAGAUAACACUAAUUAUACCCUUUGCAACAAGCUCAGCAACAGAGCAGAAUUGAUCUGAAACCAACACAUAGUGCAGCUAAUUUGUCAAACCAAGAUAUUCUGUGACAUAAAAAAGUUCUUUUGUACUUUUGCUGGUGAUCUCAUUUACCUUUUGUUGGAUCUUUGUCAGGUUUUGUUUGUUUUCAUUUUUUUUGGUGAAUUUUUUUUUUUAAAGAAAACCAAGCAAGGCUAGGCUGAGAUCCUGCAGGAGUGAUGUCUCACAGCCCUGCCUUUGGCUGCACAGGCACAGCCCCUUGCACUUAGCCCAGGCUGCAGCUGUGGGACUCAGCGUGGUGCUGCUGAAGGACACAGCAGGGUCAGAUCACAAGCAGCAAAUCCUUGCCAAUGAGGCAAAAGCCUCUAAUGAGCAUCACUUUUAUCAUUGUGUCAAUCAGGGAUAAACACUCGUGGAUCAGCUAGGCUACAAUGGGCUGUUUUUGAGAGUUUUGACCUUUAUUCUGAGGUUUAUGAAAUUGAUGAAAUCACAAGCUGCUAUAAUAACUGAGCUUAUUAUGCAUCAUUUCUUCAUUUUAAGGGUAGAUUAGGCUUUUUUUAAUUACUAUUUAUUCUAUUUGUCUUCAAAACAGCAACGUUCCUUCUCUAAGGUAGGAGUGAAUGUAAUUAUGUCCUUUGGCAGCAGUUCACAGCUUCUGUUCAGAAUCACAGCCUAGAAUGUGGGUAUUUUCUCUAAGAAUAUCUGGUCCUUUUGCAUGAUGAGAAACAGUUUAAAUAUGUAUUUUAACACAAAAGGUCACCAUGACCUUUAGGUUUCAUCCAUUUUGUUGGGCUGUGCUUGCCAGUUGUCACAUUGCAACUGGACAGAGGGGGAGAAAUUUUGUUUCAUUUUCUGGAUUAUUCAUUUGUGCAGCUCUGAGGAACUAGAACCUAUUUGCCUAAAUAUUUAUUUUGCAUAACAUUCCUAUUUACAUGUCACCCAAAGCUCACAGCAAACCUGUUUGUGUUCUCCAUUGACAUUUUGCAGUGACAUUAAUGACAUCAUUUAUUUUGCAAAACUUCCCUGUUAAUUUCCAGAGAAGGAAGAAACUGAAAUCAUGAGGAGAUAGAAAUGGCAAGGUAAUAUUAGGAAAUAUUAUCCAAUAUUAGAAACCCUUCUUCCUUACAAAAUGGCUCUUUCACAGGCUGCUAAACCUUACCCCACAGACCAGCUGGGAUGAGGCAAAGAGUAAUGGGAUCUCAUUGUCAGUGUCACCUGGAAAUUCUUUGCACCCUAAAAUCCAUGGGUCAGUCACUUGAGGGCUAAAGGAAUAUUGGAUGUGUUGGGACAAGGCUCCUACCCCUGGACUGACCAGGGAGUUUGUGACCAACAGGAGAGAGCAACCACACAGAGAUAAAGGAUUGUUGUCCUCAGAUAAAGGACAACAGUGAGCAGAGAGGAAGAAAGGAAAAGCUGAGGAGAGCUCCCAUUACCCAGCUCAGACACACAGGGUUGGACUGAAUGGAUUGCCAUUAUUCUCAGCUGAAAAGCAGAGGGAAUGUGUGAGACCCUGGAGAUGGCUUGUCCUGGACAGUCCUGCUUUCUUCAGGGACAAAGAGAUCCAGGGCAGCAGCUCCAGCUCAGGCAUUGCAUUUGUGACACCUGGGCUGGCAUCUCCCACCCAGUUCAGUGGGGACAGGCUUAGCCAAUAUUUCCAAUGUGCUUAUUUGCUGUCCUUGCCAUGGUGUAAAUCAGUGUAGGUGUCACACUGCUCUCUCCAGAGCAGAACAGCAACUGGGUGCAGCCUCCUCUUCACUGGCUGGGGUUUGUUUUGGGCUCAGUUUCAAGCCUUGGCCACCUGCUAGGAUUAGCCUCAGUCACAGAUCCUUGAGCCUCAGGCAAGGGAAGAUUUCUCCUCAGGCACCUCCUCUGAUGGCUCAGCUUAAUUUCUGCUGUAAAAUCAGCAUUGUUCCUGCUGUUCAAGGGCAAACACAUCUCCCUCAGUUCCCCUGCCCAGAUCUGCCACAGUGACUGUCUCUGCCUGGGAUACACUGGACCAUCCACAGAAAAACCUGCUGACCACAGCUCCCCUGAUGGUCUCUGCACAGCACCAUCUCCAUGGAUUUGUGAACUUCACUGCAGCAGGGACACAGAGCAAGGACCAAGGCAGGGGACUUGCCUUAAAUCCCAAAGACCUCUUCUAGAGGACAGCUGGAUCUCCUCAUGCAGUGUGGCACAGCAGGACAGCCACUUAGCCAGGGACACUGUGGCAUGGGGAAGGUGAAUUUAGCAAGCCCAAACUGGCCUGAUGUGGCUUUGUGAUUCCAUCUGUACAGCACUGGACUGUGAGGGGUCCAUUGCUGAAUUUCUGAGCAUGCAGACACAUUUAUAGGAACACCAAGCACUGUUGAUACUAUUAUUAAAGACCAGUGGUAUUACAAUAAGAGUUCUGCCUGCUUGUGUUCCCUGUUGAUUUAGCAGGUUGUGGUAUUGUGAUUUAUUUACUCCAGCUGUGCAGGACAGCUCCUGUUGCUGCCUUUGGCUCUGCUACAUCCCAGAGGUGGUGGCUGCAGUGCUGGGUGGGGUGAGCCCCUCCUUGCCCAUAUCAACAUCACUCUUUGAAAUUCCUUGAAAUGCUCUGGGACUUACAAAAGGUGGUGUAUGGGAUCUUUUGGACUAUGAAGGGGGUCAGUCUUGGAAAACCCACAUCCAGUGCCAGAGGUUCUGCACACUGGGAAGGGCUCAGGCAUCCUCAUGUCCUUCAGUGACGCUGGAGAGGCACUGAGGGAUGUUCCCCAAGCCUGGGAGUGGUCCAGCCCCAAGGCUGCCUUCACAAAGGGGCACAGAGCAGGACUGCAUGGAGCUGAGCAUCAGCUCAUCUGCAUCCAUCUGCAGAUUCCAGGUCCCUUCCAGGUCCUGCUUUGAGACCUCCAACAGCAGAGUAUACUCUAAUGCUCUUAAGGAGUCCUUUUAUAUACCCUGCUCAUGUCCUUUGACUUCCCAAAGGAGUCACAAAAGCUGAGAGGAUAUUUUUAGGUUUAUUUGUAGAUUUGAGCCCUAUGUAUUUUAUUUUGCAUUAAGUUUCUCCCUCAGUUUCUCACUUUUAUAUUAGCAAAUGCUGCUUUUAGGAAGAUUCAAGCCUGGGAACUGUGAAGGAAACAAAAUGAAAUUAAUUUCUUUGCUGUAUGUGAUGCUAGUGCUGUAUAAAUGUACACACACUGCAAGUUCCACUGUAAAUAACACCUGGUGUCGUGCUUUAAUGGAAAGUUUCAUUUAGAUGUUCUGUCAACUCUGUGUGUGAAAUAGCCAAUUCCAGUCCCUUGGUUCCUUUUCUUCAUUUUAAACCUCCUUUUAUUUUUUUAUUUGAUCUGUGUCUGGUCGUCACUGGAAAUUGCAGCUGUUCCAAUGGAUUUGUUUUUGUUCUCUCUGUCACAUUAAAAGGCUGGAAGAAAAAGAA